AUUCCUAAUUUUGAUGGAAGAGCAAUGUAUGAUGAAAUCUUAAAAGCCACUAACGAUUUUGAUGACUCAUAUUGCAUUGGGAAAGGAGGAUAUGGAACUGUCUACAAAACAAAGUUGGCAUCAGACAACAUAGUGGCUGUGAAAAAACUUCAUCCACUAUCUGAGACAGCAGAUUGCCAAGGGUUUUUGAAUGAGGUAAGGGCAUUGACUGAAUUACGACAUAGGAACAUUGUCAAGCUUUAUGGCUUCUGUUCACAUGCUCAACAUUCAUUUCUGAUUUGUGAGUACUUUGAAAGGGGUAGCUUGUCCACGAUCCUGAGUAGAGAUGAAGAGGCUGAAAUUUUGGAUUGGCCUAAGAGGGCGAAUAUCAUUAAGGGGGUGGCUCAUGCUGUAUCUUACAUGCACCAUGAUUGCUCACCACCAGUUGUUCAUAGGGACAUAUCAAGCAACAAUAUUUUGUUGGACACCGAGUAUGAGGCUCAUGUCUCAGAUUUUGGCACGGCUAAGCUUUUGAAGCUGGACUCAUCAAAUUGGAGUAAACUUGCAGGCACAUAUGGAUAUAUGGCACCAGAACUAGCUUUCACAAUGAAAGUGACUGAAAAGUGCGAUGUGUAUAGCCUUGGGGUGUUGACACUAGAAGUGAUCAAAGGAAAGCAUCCAGGCAAUCUGACCACCUUGCUACCAUCUACAUCUAUUGGUCAUAACAUAAUGCUGAAAGAUGUGUUGGACCAACGCCUUCUAGCUCCCUCAACCGAAGCUAAAGAGGUGUUGAUAUCAAUUACAAAGCUGGCCAUUGCAUGUCUAAAUGUCAAUCCACAAUAUAGGCCGACUAUGCACAUUGUCUCACACAUGUUGUCAACCCUAGUAACACCUUCCUAGCACCAUCCAGCUCGGUUGUGGAAGACUAGUUACUUAGGGAAGUAUGGGUAUACUACAAAUAAAACCA